AUGUUAGGUGCCAAGCAAAUGAUUAUUGCUGUGAAUAAGAUGGAUGCUGACACUGUGUCCUACUCCGAAAAUCGUUUCAAUCAAAUCCAAAUUGAACUAUCUACCUAUUUAAAACAAAUUGGUUAUCCAUUCGAGAACGUCGUAUUUGUUCCCAUCUCUGCUUGGAAUGGAGAUAAUUUGGUCACAGUAUCGAACAAAACGGCCUGGUUCACUGGCUCGAUCAUAGAACGUCAAGAAGGCAAUGUUAUCUGCAAAACUUUCCUGGAAGCUAUUGAUACAAUUGUUGUUCAGCGUCAACAAUUUAUCGAUAAGCCACUCCGUUUGCCAUUACAGAAUGUCUAUAAAGUACGUGGCAUUGGAACAGUCGCUAUGGGUCGAGUCGAGACCGGUGUAUUGAAAACAAAUAUGAUUGUUAGCUUUCCUCCAUUGAAUCUGACGGCUACUGUUCGAUCGAUCGAAAUGUGCUACGAAACUCUCACAGAGGCUUUUCCAGAUACUAUUGUUGCCUUUAAUAUCAAAAAUAUUAAUGCAAAAGAAUUACGACAUGGUCUCGUCUGUUCAGACAUGCAGAAUGAUCCGGCUCGAGAGACUACAACCUUCAUUGCUCAGAUUUUUAUGCUCAAUCAUUCGGGUCAAAUUGAACAAGGUGAUCAUCUUAUAGUCCACUGUCAUACGGCACGUUUUGCUUGUCUACUUAUUGAAUUAAUUGAUAAAAUCGAUCAUCAAAUAAGUGAAAUAAUUCAAGUGUAUCCACAAUCAAUCAAAUCAGGCGAUCUUGCUACAGUGAAAAUGAUUCCGUUGGAACCUGUUUGCGUUGAAAAAUUUGACGAUUAUCCAUCAUUAGGCUAUUUCAUUGUGCGUGACAAGAAUAAAAUAAUGGCCAUUGGCAUCAUCAACGAUGUUGAAAAGGUAUGA